AUGCGCGGUGCUAGGCUGCCUGUGUCUCUGGCCUUGGGUGUCAGCCCACGGCAGGCUUUGAGACCAUAUAGCUCCUUUACUCGCGAUUUACUUCCCAAGACAAGAUCGUCUAUUAUCUCUUCCGGCGACCACAAUGGGUUGAACCGCCUCUAUUCAACCGCCUCGGGUGCUGCACUCCGGGAUAGUGCCAACCCACUCUUGCUUCAAAAUAACAGCUUCAAAUAUACCUCUUCUACGUCUCCCAUUGUCUCCCAAGCACGCCUUUUAUGUUCAACUUCUCAACUUCUCCAAGCGAAACCACCCGCAACCUCCACAGAUCCAACUACCCAGUCAGCUCCAGGAUUGAAAGAAGAAGUGGAGGAGGACAAAGGCUUUGAAUUGUCUGAGAGGGCAGCGCAGGCAGCACAGGUCAACAUGAGCGCCAGAUUGGCCAAGGAAGGCGCAUCGGGAAAGAAGUCCGGAUUCGCUGAAAUCUGGCGGCUUUUGAAGAUCGCGCGCCCCGAAUCCAAGGCCCUCGGUUUCGCCUUCUUUUUCCUCCUAAUCUCCUCGUCGAUCACAAUGGCAGUUCCCUUCUCUAUUGGUAAAAUCAUGGAUGCUGCGACCAAGGGCAUAACCGAAGGAGGCGGCGAAUUGUUCGGCAUGAGCAUGCCCAUGUUCUACACUGCUCUCGGUGGAAUCUUACUUCUCGGCGCCGGUGCGAACUAUGGGCGCAUCAUCAUUCUUCGAAUUGUUGGUGAGCGAAUUGUUGCCAGGCUGCGCUCCAAGCUUUUCCGUCAAACCUUCGUGCAGGAUGCCGAGUUCUUUGAUGCCAACCGGGUUGGUGAUCUAAUCUCGCGCCUUAGCUCCGACACUAUAAUUGUUGGCAAGAGUAUCACGCAGAACUUAUCCGAUGGUCUACGAGCUGCUGUUAGCGGCGCAGCUGGGUUUAGUCUGAUGGCUUAUACUAGUGCAAAGCUGUCCACCAUUUUGCUUGUGUUGCUUCCUCCAAUUGGCCUCGGCGCUCUCUUUUACGGUCGAGCCAUUAGGAACCUAAGUCGCAAAAUCCAAAAGAACUUGGGAUCGUUGACUAAGAUUGCGGAAGAGCGCCUGGGCAACGUCAAGACUAGUCAGUCGUUUGCCGGUGAAGUUAUCGAAGUUAACCGGUACAACAAGCAAGUCCGCAAGAUCUUCGAGCUUGGUAAAAAAGAGUCUCUGAUUAGCGCAACCUUCUUCAGCUCGACUGGUUUGAUGGGCAAUAUGACCAUUUUGACCUUGCUAUAUGUUGGCGGCGGGAUGGUUCAGUCGGGAGCUAUUAGCAUUGGACAAUUGACUUCGUUCUUAAUGUACACUGCUUACGCAGGCUCCAGCAUGUUCGGCCUCUCCAGCUUCUAUUCGGAGCUGAUGAAAGGUGUGGGUGCAGCGAGUCGACUCUUUGAGUUGCAAGAUCGUCAGCCCACGAUCCACCCAACCAAGGGUCUCAAGGUUGAGACCGCGCGUGGACCCAUUCGAUUUGAGAAUGUCACAUUCUCCUACCCUACCCGUCCCGCUGUGAAGAUAUUCCGGGAAUUGAACUUCGAGAUCCCUCAAGGAACCAACGUUGCAAUCGUUGGACCAUCUGGUGGAGGCAAAUCUACCAUUGCAUCCAUUUUGCUCCGGUUCUACAGCCCCACUGAGGGCCGGGUCCUGAUCAACGGGAAAGACAUCAACGAAAUGAACGCCAAGUCCCUUCGCAGAAAGAUUGGCGUGGUUUCUCAGGAGCCAGUGCUUUUCUCUGGAACAAUCGCUGACAACAUCUCCUACGGCAUGCCUCGGGCAACACGCUCAGAGAUCAUUGCUGCUGCACGCAAGGCCAACUGUCAAUUCAUCAGCGACUUCCCUGAUGGGCUUGAUACUCACGUUGGAGCUCGUGGAGCUCAGUUGUCCGGUGGUCAGAAGCAGCGCAUUGCCAUUGCGCGUGCCCUUAUCAAGGAGCCUGAUAUUCUGAUUCUGGAUGAAGCCACUUCCGCCCUCGACGCCGAAUCCGAAACCCUCGUCAACAGUGCGUUGGCCGCUCUGCUUCGCGGUAAUAAUACGACAAUUAGCAUUGCCCAUCGUCUUUCCACCAUCAAGCGGUCCGACACGAUCAUUGUCCUCGGCCCCGACGGCAAGGUCGCCGAGCAGGGCUCCUACGAUGAACUCAGCUCCCACCCCGAUGGCGCCUUUACGAAGCUCAUGGAAUGGCAAAUGAGUGGUGGCGAAACAACGCCACCUCCGGCCAAGACUAUUGAGGCAGAUCAGCUCUGGGAGCUCCAAGAGGAGUCAGAGCCUGAGCUGGAGGAAGAAGAGGUAGAAGAGGUGGAGGAGACAGCCUCUCAGAAGAAGGACUAA